AUGCAGUGUUUUCCGCAUCUUUUGCAGCUGCAGCUCGUUUUUUCAUCCCCAUACCGGAGGCGAGAAUAUUGCAUCAACGAAUGCAGCAAUAAUGGCGCCGUUUUUAAGCAGCCUUCCCUGCUCAUGUGGAACUGUUAUUCUCUCGCCACUGAAUUGACAGAGUUCAUGCUGAAAAUCAAAGUAAAACCCUCGCCACAUAUCCGGAUUUCAAAGGCGAUCCGCGGUUCCUGCAGACACAUUAUCUUUCAUCGUCUGUUUCCUUCCAAUUUGAUUCUUCGUCUUUCUUUCUUUCUUUCUUUCUUUCUUUCUUUCUUUCCUUUCUUCCUUUCUUUUGAUUUUCCGUUUUUACUCUCUGUUAUUCUUUAUUUAAUUUUCUUCUUUUUUUUUCUUUUUCUUUCUUUCUUUCUUUCUUUCUUUCUUUUUUUUUAUUCAUUUCCACUUUCAGAUUGGCUUUCUUUCUUUCUAUUCUUUCUUUCUUUUUUACUUUUAUUCUUUCUUUCUUUAUUUCUUUCUUUCUUUCUUUUUAGGUUUCUUUGUAAAAUUUCUAUAUAUAUAUCUAUCUCUUUUUUUAUAUUUUUAUCUUUUCUUUUCUUUCUUUCUGUCUUUCUUUCCGCUUUCCUCACUAAUAUUUCAGAACUUUUUUUUUUUCUUUCUUUAAUUCCCUCUUUCUAUUCCGAUCAGUUUACCAUAGUUAAAAAGUUUUCUUUCAUCGCCCUUUUCUGUUCUUUUCUUUCUUUCUUUCAAAGUUCUUUUCUGACACUAAAUUUUUUCUUUUCUUUAUCUUUUACUUUCUUUCAAUUUCUUUUUUGUUUUUUUAUCUUUCUUUCUUUUUUCUUUUCAUCUUCUUUUCCUAGAUUUUUUUUCAUUCUUUCCUUUUCUUUCUUUGACGAAGAAAACAAGAUUUUACUAUAUUUUUCUUUCUUUCUUUCUUUCUUUCAACUGGAUUUCUUUCUUUUUUUCUUUUUUUCUUUCUUUCUUUUUCUAUUUCUCACUAGUUUCUUUUCUAAUUCUUUCUUUCUUUCUUUCUUUUCUUUCUUUCUUUCUUUUAAAUUCUUUUGUUUCACUCUUUUCAAAUUUUCUUUCUCACUUUCGCACUUUUCUUUCUUUCUUUCUUUCUUUUUUCUUUCUUUCUUUUUCUUCUAUUCUUACACAAUCCUUAAAUUUUUCUUUUUUCUUUUCAAAAGAAUUUUAUUUAUUUUUUAG